CAUCAGAAGGGGGGGGGGGGGGAGCAUGUAUGGAGAUUGCCCCAAAAAGAAGAAGGCAAUGAGCGAGACCAAUAAGAACGACCAAGAGCGAGAUGGCCGAGGAAACAAACGAGAUCAGUGACAAGCGGCCGACAGGCUGGGGAUCUCUACCGUUUCUGAUUGACCUCCUUGAGCCAGUAUCUCAUUUCGUAGAGGCUGUACGUGAAACUUUGACUUCUGGAAAUCAGAUGGAUUCAGAUAUCCACAAAGCAGUUAACUUUUAUUGUGUGCCUCUUCAGAACAAAGAGGAGGAAAUGGAAGAGGAUGAAAAAUAUGAAAGCUAUGCAUGCACUAAAAAUGGUGUAACAACUGAGUGCAGUAACAGCAGAAAAGGAAUGGAACAUGACCAACAGAACAGCAAACAAACUUGCAAACCACAAAUGGGAAUGGCAAAGCACAUCCAUGCAUCCUUGACUGCAGCCCAACAUAGCAGAUGACCUACGUAUAACCAUCCAAAAAAAAAAAAACUUAAGUGAUAAGGAUUUUACACCAGAUACUCAAAUACAUGAUAUAAUAUGGAUCCAGUGGUGCAUUGGUCAUCUUACAGACGAAGACUUUGUGUCUUUUUUCAAAAGGGCAAUAGUAAAUUAUGCUUUAUUUGAAUUAAUAGUCAAUAUGGCAUGGGAUGAUAUUACUGAAGGGGAGGGAGAUUCUUCCCCCUUUUCAUUCAAGAAUGGGAGUAUAUAUAGUAUAGAUAGAAAGGGUGGAGAGAAACUUAAUAGUAGUCUUAAUUCUGAAUUCUAGACUUCUUUUUUUUUUUUUUUUUGGGGGGGGGGGAAUCUGAAUUCCAGACUUUGGUAUUGAAGUAUGUUGCAGUCCAUCAAUAUCCCAACAAAGACAAACUAAUCCCUAACCUUUUAAAUUUGAAUGUGUUUGUGUAUUACUAAGUAUCAUUACGUGCUCAUUUUCUGAUGGAACUGAAAAAUGUCA